GUGGAUGGGCUUUUUGUGAACUUCCCCUUGAGUCUUGAAGGAGCCAGACUUUUCAUUUUCAAGACUGGAUUCUGUGGCACCAUCCAGACCAGUUUCGGUUUGAAGGUCACUUUUGACUGGUCCAGCUCGGUGACUGUCACUGUGCCAAGCAUUUACCAAGGAUUAAUGUGUGGUCUAUGUGGCAACUACAAUCAAGACACCAAAGAUGAUUUAACAAUGAAGGGGGGUAAACCUACUUCCGUGCCAUCAGAAUUUGGAGAAAGCUGGAAGACUCGGGAUAUUCCAGGAUGUGGUCAUGAAUGCACUGGAUACUGUCCCAGUUGUGAGGAGACUGUUAAAAGGAAAUAUGAGAGCUUGAGCUACUGUGGCCAAAUUACAGAUCCAGCAGGCCCCUUCAGAGACUGCCACAAACUGGUGGACCCAACAGGUUUCUUUAAUGACUGUGUGUUUGAUGCCUGCUACUACAAUGGAUUGCAGGAUGUGUUGUGUAAAAUUUUCAGUGCAUAUUCAUCCAUGUGCCAGCAGAGUGGGGCCACUGUGAAUCCAUGGAGGUCUGACAAUUUCUGCGCUCCUUCAUGUCCAGUGAACAGCCAUUAUUCACCUUGUGGCAGCAGCUGCCCUGCAACUUGCGCAAGCAUUACUACUGCCACCCCAUGCCUAACCCUGUGUCAAGAGGGUUGCCAAUGCAAUGAAGGCUUCCUCCUCAGUGGUGACCAGUGUGUUCCUUUAUCUCAAUGUGGCUGUUUCUAUAAUGGUCACUACUACAGGGUAGGGGAGGUGUUCUUCCCUACUGACUUGUGUGAGAAGAAGUGUACAUGCAAGUCUGGUGGGAUCAUUGAAUGCCAGAAAGUGACAUGUGCAGCCAACGAAGAGUGUAAAGUGGUCAAUGGUGUCCGAGGUUGCUGGCCAAAGGGUGAAGGCACAUGUACUGCUUCAGGAGAUCCUCACUAUAUCACAUUUGAUGGGCUGAGGUAUGAUUUCCAGGGCACCUGCGCCUACACAUUGGCAAAGCUGGUGAAGGCCACAGAUGUCCUGACUCCUUUUGAAGUGCAAGUAGACAAUGAGAGCUAUAAAAAUGGCCAAGUAUCGGUCACCAAAAGAGUGACUGUCCUGGUGAAUGGUUAUGAGGUCUCCAUGAUGUAUGGGAUGAGCUGGAAAGUAAAGCUGGAUGGAGUCUUGACAAAUCUGCCUCUGGUUUUGGAUGAGGGAGCUAUUUCAAUUUACCAGACUGGCCUGCACAUCCUGCUUGUCUCAGACUUUGGGCUGAAGGUAUUGUAUGAUACAAUGUACUUUGUCCAGGUAACAAUACCCGGAACUUACUGGAACCAAGUUGGUGGUCUCUGUGGCAACUUUAAUGGCCAGAUGGAAGAGGAAUUCACACAGCGUGAUGGAGGCAUUGCCUCAAAUGUUGCUGCUUUUGGUGCCAGCUGGAAAACUGUAAGCAGUGAGAGAUGCCUGGAUGGCUGUGACAAAGAUUGCCCACAAUGCAACACUGCUGCUGAGGAAAAGUAUAGCAAAGUAGAAAGCUGUGGGAUGAUCACCAGCUCGACUGGGCCAUUUGCCUCCUGUCAUUCUGUCAUUCAUCCAGAGUCCUAUUUCAAAAACUGUCUGUUUGAUAUGUGUGCCACUAAUGGGGAUACAGAUGUACUGUGCAAUAAUCUUCAAACAUACAUGGCAGUGUGCCAGUCGAUGGGUGUAACCAUUAAGACUUGGAGAUCUGAUUCAUUCUGUCCAAUAAAAUGUCCACAGAAUUCUCAUUAUGAGGUCUGCACGGACACCUGCAGUAGCACCUGUGGCAGUAUCCGUGAGGUCACCUGUCGUUCUAAAUGCUACGAAGGCUGCCAGUGUGAUUCCGGCCAAAUGUCUGAAGAGGGAAGAUGUAUUCCUCAAAGCUCUUGUGGUUGUGUUUAUGAAGGGAGGUAUAUCCAGGUUGGACAGUUGUUUGUAUCGGAUGACUGCAGCCAGGAAUGUACCUGCACAUCUGAAGGUUCUGUCAAGUGUACACCAAUGAACUGUGGACCUCAAACCUACUGUACUGUGCAGGAUGGACAGCGGAGAUGUGCUUUUCCAGAAGUCAGCUGCACUUUGCAUUCCACUGGCGCUUACACUACCUUUGAUGGUUUGUCACACAUGCUGUGGCUAGAUGGUGCUUACAAGAUGGUGACGACCUGUGACAGAUCUGUUCAGAACUUGCAAGUGGUUGCUGACCUUAUAAUUAAUGGCAAUGUACACUCCAUCAAUAAGGUCAUCUUUGAGUAUACUGACCUUUCUAUCAUUCUGAACAGAGACUUGACUGUUUUGGUCAAUAACCAAGUGGUCAGCUUGCCAGCAAGUCCAACAGAGGAAAUGUUAAUCUCUGUAGAAGAUGGCAUCCUUCACCUUCAGAUCAAGUCGGGGAUCAGGCUGGAGUACGACACCCUUGGAAAGCUCACAAUCUCAGUAGGGGUUUGUUCAAACAAACUCUGUGGCUUUUGUGGAAAUCUGAAUAGUGGCGUCCUAAAUGAUGUGAAGACAUAAGUAUGGGAGGUCAUCCUUCUUGCAAUCCUUGAACUGUAAUGUGUACAUAAAUGAUCUCUGAUCUCUGACAAAUUUAAACCUUAUAGUGUAAUAGUCAUUGGAAAGUGAAAUGAGCAAGUUGGAAGUAAAAUUAAAGAUGUUUAUACAUU